AUGUCAUCAACAAAAACCACAACAAACCUCAACAACAAAGAAAAUGACGUCACCAACAACAAGACUCACGACACUAACAACGAAAAUGACCUCAACAACAAUAACGACGACGGCAGCCAAGUGACUUCAACCAGUCCGAAAGAGGCCACAAGGUUUCUGACCGCCAAGUAUCCUAAACACCAGAUGGGACUGAUUAGGAAGAGGUUGGCUGUGGAGGAUUGGAUGGAUGAACAGCUGAAGAUGAUCUGUGGAUCGAAAAAACAGUGCAUUAUAUGUGCACUGCACAUAGUUGGUAGAGGAAAUUUCUUCGCAUUCAAACCCGGUCAGUGCAAUGUAGAACAGAAUGCAGCCGACAGUUACGACGGUGACCUUGACCUUGACCUUGACGAGAUAAUCGACCUCGAGGACGAGAGGGAGAGAUAUGACUUUGUAAAGGAAAAACUCAGUUGCGUCGGUGUGAAAUGCAACGACAACAAAGUUAAUUUAUUCAUUGAAGAUCUCUUAGAGAAGAUAAAUGCCCUCUGAGAAUUCGCUCUGAAGCAGACUUGAGAGAAAGAAUUAUAAUAAUAAUAAUAAAUAAAUAAUAAUAAUAAAUAACAAUAAUAUAAAUAGUAUAUAAAUAGUAAUAAUGAUAGCGGUAGUAAUAACAUGAAGAACUGAGACAAUUAAAACUGAAAAUUUCACACCAUCUUCUUUACUUUGGCUGCCUUCCAGAUGUAAUGUGAUCAGACUCACACAGA